GAAUUUCUGAUGAGAACCGGGGCAGAUUGUAAACAGAGGAGCUGGAGAGGGCUGAGUGAUGCUACUGGGGGGCAUUGCCGGUCAUUGCGGAGGUACCGCGGGAAGGGCCCCCCCCGUGGGAGAAGAAGCGUCGAGCACGUCGCGUGUGUGGGGCUCCAGUGAGGCAGGAAAAUCCAGAUUCUGCAGAGGAUUUCUGCUGAACAGUUAACAACUUUCCUUCCAAGCUUACAUUUAGAAAGGGAAACAGGAGGACAAGGUAUCCCUCACUGGCACUUUAACAAAUGGAAGUCAACCAUAACUCCUGAAGUCAAAUAAUGGGAUAGCUCUGUUCAUAUUAAUCCUGUCACCUCCAGGUUCAGGCAGCACUAAAAUCUUUCCAGAGGAGGCUUCCUCCCAUGUUUGGGCAUUUAUGUUGUGCUUUGACGCAGUACACCCAAAAUUUCAGUUGUUCUGAACACAAAUAAAAUGGAGGCCUUAGAAGUUGAUGACAUCAGCCCUGCCUUGGAAGUGACUGAAGAUUUCUUCAGUACGUUGGAUGCCAAGCUAGAAAAUGUGCAGCCACCAGAAGUUUAUGGAAUUCAGGAAGUUCCUGAACUGGUUGGGCAUGAAGUGUUUAAUAAGAUUGCAGCCUGUGAUGACUUGAGGAACUUAACAUCUCUGGGAAAGAAUAACCUUGCCUGGGAACACUGCAAAAAUGGGCUUUUGGAAACCAAAGCACAUAAUGCAUUUUCUACCAAAGAAACAUUUGGAGUACAAAGAGGGAUGGUUCCAGACAACCUGUCCUGGGUGGAACAGAAGGAAGUCUCAACUUUCAACAUAUUUAACAUCUGCCAGAGGCGGCGGAAUCGGCCCCGCUCUGUGAAUGAUAUCAUAGUGCAAAACGAGGAAGCUGCCACUUUCAAGCCUGGACAUAACCGGUCCCGAUCAGAUAUCAGCCGCAUAGACUGGGGUGUCAUCCUGAGUGGUGCCCCUCCUCAGCAGCUUUCCAGUCAGGGCAACCAAUGCCCAAAGCUUUCAUUCAUCCCAACUGGAUUCAAAAAGGGAGAGGACAUUCAAGGGAACACUGAACAGAAGCCAACAUUCUCAAACAUCCGGAAGAAGGGGUACUUAGAAAUUAAGAACAACAGAGACAGCUACUGGCAGGCGUGUUAUGCAGAACUCUUUCCAUAUGAACUGUAUCUGUACUGGCUCGACAGCAGUGGUAAUCAGAACCUUCCUACAGUCUACCUACUUUUGCAUUUCCAAAGCAUCAAUGUGGAAGCCAGUGUGGUUGAUGCAGUUCUGUUCAGUAACUCACAUCUACAGCUUAAAGCAGAAUCCCCAUGGGAGACCUUGGACUGGGGGCAAAAGCUUUGGGAAGCCGUGCAUUCCUCAGUGCCAUCUUUCCUGAGGCCACAAGGAGACUUGGAGAGCUCACAGAAAUUAGACAAUGAUGAGAGGGGCAUCACCCAAAAUCAUGUUUUACAGAAGGAGCCUGCUGAUUUUUUCCGCUCAACAUCUCUGACUCCAAACAUCAAGGACUACCAAAACAUUCUCAAAUCAGGGACUCUUUACAGAUUGACCCUCCAAAAUAAUUGGAAGGCCUUCCAUUUUGUACUCAGCCAGUCUCUCCUCCUGGCAUUUCAGACUGGUGGGAUUGACGAAGACCCUCUGUGGAGCCACAAUAUUGACAUGUGUCUCUCUGUCCAGACUGAUAUUCUGGAUGAUUGUGACUCUUGCUUUCAGGUGAUCUUUCCUCAAGAUGUGCUUCGUCUGCGUGCAGAGACUCGUCAAAGAGCUCAAGAAUGGAUGGAGACCUUGAAGACAGCUGCCAAUGCUGCAAGCUUGGGUCAAAAUAUGCAAGUAACUCUCAGAAACAAAGUCCAAGGCCAGUCCUGUGGAAAAGAGCAGAGGAAGAUCAAGCGCCAGUCCGUAACCACUAGCUUCUUGAGCAUCUUAACCACUUUGUCCUUGGAAAGAGGACUGACUGCCCAGAGUUUCAAGUGUGCAGGUUGUCAGCGUUCCAUAGGCCUAUCCAAUGGCAAAGCAAAAGUGUGCAGCUACAGUGGAUGGUACUACUGCAACAUCUGUCACGUGGAUGACAGCUUUCUCAUUCCUGCACGACUUGUUCAUAACUGGGACACUUCAAAAUACAAGGUAUCAAAGCAAGCCAAAGAGUUCCUGGAAUAUGUUUAUGAAGAGCCCCUGAUUGACAUCCAGCAGGAAAAUCCAAUGUUGUACAGACACGUUGAGCCACUGGCAACUGUGGUCCGUCUGAGACAGCAGCUGAAAUCCCUCCGAGCCUAUUUAUUCAGCUGCAGAGCAGCAGUGGCUGAAGACCUGCGAAGGAGAAUUUUUCCCAGGGAGUAUCUUUUUCAGCAGAUCCAUCUGUAUUCCCUAGCAGAUCUCCAACAGGUUAUUGAAGGAAAGUUGGCUCCUUUUCUUGGGAAAGUAAUCAAAUUUGCCACCUCCCAUGUCUACAGCUGCAGCCUUUGUAGUCAAAAAGGAUUUGUCUGCGAGAUCUGUAAUAAUGGCGAGAUCCUGUACCCCUUUGAAGACAGUUCUACAAGCAGAUGUGAGAGCUGUGGUGCAGUCUUCCAUUCAGAAUGCAAGGUGAAGGCUGUACCAUGCCCCAGGUGCGUGCGGAGAGAGCUUCAGAUGAAGCAGAAGUCUUUCUGGAGAAGACUCAACAUGGACGAGAGCCUGGAAGAAGCCUGCAACAUGUUUGAACUGUCCUAUCAGAACACCUGACUUGCAGGGAAAAGCUGGCAACCUGCAGAACUCACUUUCCUACUGCAGAACAAAUGAUUGCAAGGAAAUUUUGUGCUGCCAGGCAUAAUCCUUUACUGCAAAAAGAUUGGCUGAUAGUCAUGUUUCAGUUUGUGAAUAGCUGGGGCAAUUCACAAAGAUUGAAGGCUAAACUAUUGUCAUGAAGUCUAAAUGAACCAGUUGAUCUGACGCCAAGUGUAGUUUACUUGAAAUAUUUCUGAUGUUUGCAUUUAUUGUCUGAAACAUCUUAUUUGUGUUUGUUUAUUGUUCAAUGUCUAGGUUUUUUUCCAGAAAUAGCAAGGUGGCACUGCUAUUUAAAAUUCACAGACAAGGUGCCUAUGAAUUUGUGGGGCUUUUCCUAGCUUAAAAAAUGGUUUAGUGAACAACAUUUACAAUACGUUCCACCCCCAUUCCUCCAAAACUAACUUGGUUCUAGAUCCACAUUGAAAUGACUAUAUAAAUGUAUAGCAAUCCUUGCACUUUAUAUCAGCAAAGUGCUUGAAUCUGUUUAACUCUUGCUUUGCUGUUCCUGACUCCUGAAGAAGCAACUCUUAUUUAGGGCAUUUGUGGCUUUACCCCUGCACAACAUUCCAAUUUCCUAAUGUCCACAAUUUAAAUUUCUGUUAUUUUCUCACAUGUUGCACACUAAAACACCCUCAUUGAUAUAGUUUAAUAUGAAAUAACACACAUUGUCUUGCUCUUACUUAGUGGUGGAAUAGGGCAUUUCCUUUUCUAAGAAGCCUCCUUCUGUCUUCAGACAUAAUGAUAAAAUGCUGAACUAUAUUCUGUUGAGAAUUUCACAGGGCUGGGAUCUGUCUUUCCACUCUCCUUCUGCGGCUUCUACUUGAUAUGUACAUACACAAAGACUCAGAGCAGCAGGCUGAGCAGAUUUAGAGAACAAAUGCUUCAGUGCAGUAAGGGACACACACAUCUGGAAUACUUAGAACCAAACCUUACGACUUCUUAAGCACUUUCCAGUUCUGAAUUAUGAAGCACAUGUUCAGUUCGCAGUACAUGGUGACUGCAGGUUACAUGUAGAUGUUCACUACAGUCUGUAGAUGCAAGCGUGCUUUCCCAUAGGUCUUAUCCUGAGUGUGGGAAUGGGCUUCCUCAUCCUCUGAGCCCAUUGUGCAUGGCUUUUACCCAUGUGCCACUAGUAACACCUAACACCUUCUUACCCUGUUCUUCUGUCUCUGGAACAGGACCAGCAAGUCCUGUUCAGUGUAUCUGAAAAGUAGUGUUGCAUUAAAAGGAGGAAGCUCAACUUCUUUUCUUGAUUCAGCACAAUCUUGAGCACUCAGAUUUGCAUGUCAUUCAUUCAUACUCUCACCAUCAGAUCAAUGAAAAUGUUCAGUCUUCAUGUAUAUUGGGCCUCUCAAAAGGCAGGGAACCUUCUGUCUUUAAAGAACUUUUGGGUUAAGGGUGCUGUCUAUGCACAAGGAAACAGAUUUCUCACUUGCUGGGAACUAUAAGUGAACUGUGUGGAAUUUCAUGAGCCUGUGCAUUCUGCUUGUUUUCCCUUUUUACCAGAUGUAAUGAUAAAUUAUAGCUUGUCAUUAUGGGAAUAAGGCUAAAUGAACCUUGCUCUCACAUCCAUUCCCUUCUCCUGCAACUGGAACAGAGGUUGCUAUUAGAAACUUUAACUUCCAUUUUGGGUCACUACAAUGUAGUGUUUUGUCAAAACCCAUACAAAAUGAGGUUUUACUUUGGUUAUUGGAGCUCACUCAUUUCAAUAAACUAUAGUUAAAAUUAACCACAGUUUGAGGCUUUGGGCAUAAGGUGAAACUGUAGGUAAUUGAAAAUGGAAACAAAAACUUUCGCUUUCAUAGCUGCACUAAAACAGGAGAGAUGAGUAGGAAGCAUGCAGCCCAAGGCUUGUUCCCAUAAUAAAUUCCACUUUACUGUUAAAUUCAACUACAGCCACAGUCUUUAAGAUGCUCUGUUAGUCCAAUAUAGUUUUCCCCAA